AUGGUACAAACACAACAACGAGCUGAGAGAGAUGCUGCAAUUGCUUGGUUAGAGCAAAGUCGAAUUGUUCUUGCCAUGAGAUUGGCUGAACAUCAAGGGAAGAAGUACAAAGUCAUUGAAGAAGCACAGGCUUUAGUGGGUGCUGUGCAAGAUUCUGGUCAAUUCGUUUCACCAGAAAAUCUCUAUGUUCCAAAUCCAUACCCUUCUGGACGAAGCUUUGAAGCUCAAGAAUCGACGAGGUCAAAUAUUAUUGUCAAUUUCCUUAUGUCUGGUUUACAUUUUGUUCCCAAGUCCCUCAAAUUGGAUCUCAAGGGUAGGAUUAUGGGGAAUUCUGCUUUGGUUGCUAUCAGCAUGCUUGCAUUAAUGCGUCUGAGCAAACUCGGAUGCAAGGACAAUUUUUUGUUAGACGACCAUGAGAUGUAA